AUGAAAAUCCCUAAGGGCAAAAACAGUCAGAAUGGUAGAAAAUCUCAAGAAUGUGAAGUAUACAACAAAUUAUUUACUUAUUCAAUUCAUCUUCAAGAACUUGAAAGAAUUCCCAGUGGAGAGAAACCCUAUAAAUGUAAACUAUGUAGUAAAACAUUCAGUUGUUCCCGUAGUCUUCAGACACAUGAAAGAAUUCACAGUCGAAAGAAACCCCCUCAAUGUAAACUAUGUAGUAAAACAUUCAGUUGUUCCCGUAGUCUUCGGAUACAUGAAAGAAUUCACAGUGGAGUGAAACCCUAUAAAUGUAAACUAUGUAGUAAAACAUUCAGACAAUCCAGUACUCUUCGGACACAUGAAAGAAUUCACAGUGGUGAGAAACCCUAUGAAUGUAAACAGUGUAGUAAAAAAUUCAGGCUAUCCAGUCAUCUUCGGCAACAUGAAAGAUUUCACAGUGGAGAGAAACCCUAUGAAUGUAAACUAUGCAAUAAAACAUUCAGCAAGUUCUAUCAUCUUCAAACACAUGAAAGAACUCACAGUGGAGCGAAACCCUAUGAAUGUAAACAGUGUAAUAAAACAUUUGGACAGUCCAGUCAUCUUCGGAGACAUGAGCUAAUUCACAGUGGAGAGAAACCCUAUGAAUGUAAACUAUGUAGUAAAACAUUCAGGCAACCCAGGCAUCUUCUGGAGCAUGAACGAACUCACAGUGGAUUUAAACCCUAUAAAUGUAAACUAUGUAGUAAGACAUUCGUAGGAUCCAGUUAUCUUCGGCAACAUGAACAAACUCAUAGUGGAGAGAAACCCUAUGAGUGUAAACAGUGUAGUAAAAGAUUCAGUUGUACUGGUAGUCUUCAGAGACAUGAAAAAAUUCACAGUGGAGAGAAACCCUAUGAAUGUAAACUAUGUAAUAAAACAUUCAGUUUUUCUGGUAGUCUUCAGAAACAUGAAAGAAUUCACAGUGGAGAGAAACCCUAUGAGUGUAAACAGUGUAGUAAAACAUUCAGUUGUUCCAGUGCUCUUCGGACACAUGAAAGAUCUCACAGUGGAGAGAAACCCUAUGAAUGUAAACUAUGUAGUAAAACAUUCAGGCAAUCCAGUAGUCUUCGGAGACAUGAAAGAUCUCACAGUGGAGAGAAACCCUAUGAAUGUAAACAGUGUAGUAAAACAUUCAGGAAAUCCAGUAGUCUUCGGAUACAUGAAAGAUCUCACAGUGGAGAGAAACCCUAUCAAUGUAAACAAUGUAGUAAAAGAUUCAUUUGUUCCAGUAGUCUUCAGACACAUGAAAGAAUUCACAGUGGGGAGAAACACUAUGAAUGUAAACAGUGUAGUAAAACAUUCAGUUGUUCCAGUAAUCUUCGGAGACAUGAAAGAAUUCACAGUGGAGAGAAACCCUAUGAGUGUAAACUAUGUAAUAAAACAUUCAGUUGUGGUGGUAAUCUUCGGACACAUGAAAGAAUUCACAGUGGAGAGAAACACUAUGAAUGUAAACAAUGUGGUAAAGCAUUCAAUUACUCCAGUAGUCUUCAGAUACAUGAAAGAAUUCACAGUGGAGAGAAACCCUAUGAAUGUAAACAAUGUGGUAAAGCAUUCAAUUACUCCAGUAGUCUUCAGACACAUGAAAGAAUUCACAGUGGAGAGAAACCCUAUGAAUGUAAACAAUGUGGUAAAGCAUUCAGUUACUCCAGUAGUCUUCAGACACAUGAAAGAAUUCACAAUGGAGAGAAACCCUAUGGAUGUAACUGUAGUAAAACAUUCAGUAGGUAUGGUAAUCUUAGGAGACAUGAAAGAAUUCACAGUAGAGAAACCCCAUAA